CCUCUUCGUUUGCCGUUGUUAAGGUGGACGACCGGACGCGUGUUUCUCGCUCUCACUAGUCUCUCUCUCUCUCUCCAGUCCAGGAGUAGAAGCAGCGGAGGCAUACCAGCACAGGUACACGCGGGAAGAAUAAGCGAAUCCUUUUCUUCUGAUGCUCAGCCAUGUUGGGUGUCUUGCGCGCCUCUCUGCGUAGCGGCGGCCGUCGCCACCUCCAGCCGUCUUCUUCUUUCUUCCUUGUCGAGCAUUUCUCUGCCGACCCCCACGCCCAUGGCCACCAAUCCACCGCACAGGAACCAUCAUCCUCCAGUGAGCAGGAGAAGCACCACGAAGCAGCAGGUGGUGAAAAGUCCAAAGAUGAGCACACAAGGGUCCUUCAAGCCGCUCUCCCUUAUGUCGUUAAACUUGGGUGGAGCGAAGCAGCAAUAAUUUCUGGUGCUCGAGAUGUUGGUUUGUCUCCUUCGAUCGUUGGAUCGUUUCCGAGGAAGGAGGCCGCUCUCGUUGAGUAUUUCAUGGAUGAAUGCCUGGAAAAGUUGAUCGAGAGAAUUCAGUUGGAGAAGGAACUAUCAAACUUGAUAAUUAGUGAGCGCAUUGCCAAACUUAUACGUAUACGGCUUGAAAUGCAGGCACCUUACAUAUCCAAGUGGCCUCAAGCGUUAAGCAUUCAGGCACAACCAAUGAAUAUUCCAACUAGUUUUAAACAGCGAGCUGUACUUGUGGAUGAAAUUUGGCAUGCUGCUGGCAAUGAGGAUUCAGAUAUUGAUUGGUAUGUAAAGCGUGCUGGACUAGGAGGAGUUUACUCCACAACCGAGUUAUAUAUGUUGACUGAUCAUUCCACAGAUUUUCGUGAUACCUGGAGGUUCUUAGAAGCUCGAGUAAAAGAUGCAAUUGACUUACGGAAGUCAGUGCAGGAGGUAGCAUAUCUUGCCGAAGCUGUAGGAGCCGGUAUUGGUAAUUCGUUUCAAGGAUUUGUCAAGAAAGUAAUGAAUCAGUGAGACCUAAUCUUCAGAAGAAAAGAACAUCUUUCUUUUUGCGUAUGCUAAAGUUGCAGACGGGUAGUUGAAUUGUUUCCUGGCUUAAACAAUAUGGGUCUUACCAUAGCAUGAUGUGAUAAUGAAGUAGUUGAAGUUUUCUUGUCUA